AUGGGUGGUCAAAGCAGAGAAGGCGGCAAGGCCAAGCCCCUCAAGGCCGCAAAGAAGCAGAAGGUGGAGCUCGAUGAGGAGGACAAGGCCUUCCAAGAGAAGCAGCGUGCCUAUGAGAAGGCCAAGAAGGAGCUCGCGGCCAAGGCCGGCGGCAAGGGCCCUCUGAACACCGGUACCCAGGGCAUCAAGAAGUCGGGCAAGAAAUAG